ACAUAAAAUAAACGGAUGUGAGAUCUGUUUACAUAAUUUAUCCUCAUCCGCGUAUCGAUCGAUUUCCCCAUAACAGGGAAAUAAUUCAGAUCAAUAAUAAACAUGAUGAACUUCACGUUGGAAUUUUGGCUGGAUUUAGCCCCUUGCCCUCCUCCCUCAAGCCCCGGGCUGCUGUAUAGUACCCCCUACCCCACAAACUUAACGACCGAGGAGCUGAGUAAAAUAGCGGGGAGGUGCAAGGUGCCCUCACGGGAACACCUGGCGAGUAGACAGUCCAGUGAAGACUCACCGGAAGUGUGGUUGAUUCCUCUUCUGCUUUCACUGCUAGCUGUCAUUUUUGUUUUUAUCAUAUUCGGGAUUUGGUACAGUUACAAACACAACAAACAUAAGACCAGAGACACAAGUCUACAACACAUGCCUAACUGUGAGCUGUUGGCAGAUAAAGCACAGACAACAAACAGUAGAGGCAGUGACAACCUGUCGUAUCAAAUGUCAAAGACAGACCUUCAGCUCUCACACAACUAACAGAAAGACUUUUUUAAGUAAAACAAACAGAAAGACUUUAAGUACAACAGAAAACUAUUGAUGGAAAGAUCUCCAUCCACACACUGAGGACUUGGUUCUGGUUUGUGAAGACAAUUCAACUGAAAGUCUCCCAGUUUAAUAAUUUUAGUUUUCUUGUUGUCUUAGAGAGUUAUCUCAGCUUCUCUGUUAUCUUACGAAGGGUAACUUUAUGCAUCAUAGAUGAAUCAAUUCCCAAGGAAAAAUCCAAACUUUACUAUUAUAUCAUGGUGGAGCCAAGCUUUACCAUUGGGUUUCCAACUGGAGUCUUAGCUUAACUAUGUCUCAAAGAGGAAUAUUUGUCUCACGGAGGAUCCAACCCUACUUUCAUAAAAGAAUUCCAACAUAGUUUUGAUAUUUCCUAGAGAAAUGAAUUUUACAGACAUAAAGGGAUAUAAACUUCUUAUUCACAACAUAAACUCAGAAACACAAAAACAUCACAAAUUUAAGGACGUUGGAUCCUGCGAUCAAAAGUCUCUAAGUUUUUUUCUAAAGUAUUUUUUAAAUAUCUACACACAUAUCUAAACCAAAAUUCAAAACAAAAUUUUGGGGUCUAUAUGCUCCUUUCGAUGCUACAGUGUAUUUAAUAUGACCUUUCUGUACUGAGAUUGCAAAUUGCACAUAAAUUGCUUUUCCCUCUAUAAUUUUUUAUCGAAAUGAACCAUGGUAUCAAAUACAAAUUUACAUUAUUUAGAAUUAAUAAAAUUAAAAUUAUCAUAAUGAAAAAGUUUGCAAUUUUUUCACCUUAUUGAUAUUUUGACCUUUUUGCACUGAAAAAAAUACUAUUUUUAUUCAUAAACGACUCAACAUGCAAUUAAAUAAUUUAAAAGUCUCAAACUUUUUCUCAAAUUAUGACAGACUUGUCAAAAGAAACUUAAAUAUUCAGAAAAUAAAACCAAAAGUAUGGGUCUAUAAUAUAAAUUUUGAGAUAUGGCAUGAAAUAGCUAAUUUUAGGGGAAAAUUGGAGUGGAUUUUUUCUUUACUUUUAUGAAAUAUCACUUAAACAUGCCAAUAUAUGACGAUAGAAAUAUUGAAAUAUUGUUGAAAUAUGUUCUUUGAAACAAUACGAAGAUAUCCCAAUGCGUAAACUAUCUGAAAAUUUGGUCUGCACAGAAAAUAAGGAAGCUAAAAUUACGGUACUCUAAAACAACUGAGUUAUGAAAAAUGUUCAUUUUCUUCUUAAAAACCUUCCGCCACAAAUUAUAGUCCCUUACUACACUCUCUAAAUAUGGAAUUUGUUCUUCACUAUUUUAUUUAAUAGAGUUUAUUUGACAUUGUAAAAAAGGAAUUAACAAGUAGAAUUCAUAUAUGACACAGAAUUUCCAGACUAGAGGUGACACAAAAUGGCUACCCAAAAUCAGAGGAUCGAACCUCUUUAAAUUGCACAUCUUCAGUCAAAUUCUGCACAGAAUAUGGGUUCACAUCCCGCUACCUGAUAGCAAU